AAGAAGUUCACUAUUGUGGCUAGCUUCACACAGGUGGAAGAACGGACCAUGAAAGAUAGAUAUGUUAAAGUCGUGAAAAUCUUAACUAUUUAUAUUUUUAAAAAGUUAAAUAGAUCUAAGUAAUAUAAUAUGUGCAAAGGAUUGCGAAUCCGGAAUUGUAUCCAAACAUUUGCAAACUUGACAACAAACAUAAAAAAUAAAUAGCAUAUUGGAGCGCGGUCGAGUCUGGCCGAAGUUAGCUUGUUCGGCUAGUCAGUUAGCUAGCUAAUCAACUAUCAAGACGCACGAACAACCUGGGAGAAACGGGAAAGAAAACAAAAUGAUCGUUUGAACAUCAAACAGUAAUGUUGCCUUUAGGAAUUAACUUGCGCUACGGUUGAAAAAUGUAUUGAGGAUUUGGAAACAAGGUGGGGGAAUCAACUAGCGAAGAAACACAACAGCUAACUACGAGACAACUGCAAUGUUGUCGGGGCAGCAGGGACUGGUUCGCCGCUGUGGCAGCCCCUCGGCGUGUCGAGGCUGGCCACAUUCGGUUCAGUGGAGACUCGGGGGUUUCUUUUUCCUGCUGUUGGUGGAAGGGGCCGUGUGCCUCGCCAACCCCAGCACUAGCAGUGCCCCUGCUCCGGGCAUCAACAAUCACCCCAGUGUCAACGUCUACAUGAGCGAGGAGGAGGUCAAGAAGCUUUUGGGUCUAGAUGCAGAGCUGUACUAUGUGAGGGAUGACGUGGUGAACCACUAUGCUCUCUCCUUCAUCCUGCCUGUACCCAGCGAGACCAACAGCCUGCACUUCACCUGGCGCUCCAAGGACAAGGUUGAUUACAGGAUGGGUUUCCAUGUAGACAAUCCUGCAGCUAUGAACCAACCACAGAGCAAUAUCUCUACCCAGGGGGAGGUGCCACGCACAGCCUCAGUUUUCAGAGUGGACCUGUUCUGCUCAGGGAAGGUAGAUGGAGAGGCGGUCCUGACAGUACAGAUCAACCUCACCAUACACUCCAACAACUUCACAGUCCUCAACUUCAAGAGGAGGAAAAUGUGCUACAAACGAAUUAAUUCUGAUCCGAAGAUUACACCGGUCUCCAACAACAAGACCAUUCAGAGGCCAGAGAUGUUUCAGACAGUGGCAGUUCCCAGGGCCUGUCCCAGCCGUCCACGCAGAUCACCCAGUACCUGAGAGCUGACACACCCAACAACGCCAGUGCUGUCACCAACCAUCACCCUGGCACUGCACCCAUUCUCCAGCUUGCUGCCGCCACCUUCCCAAACCCCGAUGCCCCCAUCCAUGAAACUAGAAGCUACCCGUCACUGCGUAUUGAGAAGAACGACCUGAGAAGUGUUAGUCUCCUCGAAGCCAAAGCCAAGGUCAAAGACAUCUCCAUCUCCAGACUGAGAGUCACUCUACGGGACGUCCUGCACGAAGGAACAUUUGGCCGCAUCUUCCACGGUGUUCUGUUGGACGAAAAGGACCCGGCCAAGGAGAAAUAUUGCUUUGUGAAGACAGUGAAAGACCAUGCCUCUGAGGUGCAGGUGACCAUGAUGCUGACAGAAAGCGGUAAACUACGAGGACUUCAUCACAGGAACCUGCUCCCAAUCAGUCACGUGUGUACAGAGGAGGGAGAGAAGCCUAUGGUACUACUGCCCUAUAUGAACUGGGGUAACCUCAAACUGUUCCUGAGACAGUGCAAGCUGGCCGAGGCCAACAACCCACAGGCAGUCUCUCAGCAGGACUUGGUACACAUGGCGAUCCAGAUCGCAUGUGGGAUGAGCUACCUGGCCAGGAGAGAGGUCAUCCACAAAGACCUGUCCUCCAGGAACUGUGUUAUUGACGACAGUAUGCAGGUGAAGAUCUGUGACAACGCCCUGUCCAGAGACCUGUUCCCCAUGGACUACCACUGUCUGGGAGACAACGAGAACAGACCGGUCCGCUGGAUGGCCCUGGAGAGCCUGAUCAACCAUGACUUCUCUACUGCUAGUGAUGUGUGGGCGUUUGGUGUGACCCUGUGGGAGUUGAUGACCUUGGGACAGACGCCCUACGUGGACAUCGACCCCUUCGAGAUGGCAGCCUAUCUGAAGGACGGAUAUAGAAUAGCACAGCCAAUCAACUGUCCUGAUGAACUGUUUGCAGUGAUGGCCUGUUGCUGGGCCCUGGAUCCAGAGGAGAGGCCUAAGUUCCAGCAGCUGGUCCAGUGUCUGACUGAGUUUCAUGCAGCGUUGGGGGCGUACGUGUAAAAUCUAGCCCCAGGCUUCUGUACGGACCAGGCCCGAAGGACCAGCAGGCCCAGGACUUACUGGACAGCACUAAUCACAAUGAGGAAUACAUUUACAAACCUUAUGCCUUAUAGAAAAGAAAGAAGACUUUCAUUUUUUUUUUUGAGUGAGGUUUCUAUAAUUUGUGCAAGCUUCAAUGGAUUCUCUUUCAGAGGUCGUCAUAUUUCCCAGCAUACCUCACAAGCUUCCAGAACAGACCUAUACCCUCACUAUGAAACGUGGACCCACAAGGACGUGACCUCUUUUGGAAGAACGAAAGAAGCUUGUAUGUGCCAACAAGCUGUUGCCACCAUUUUCCUAACAACUACACUUUUGAGAACUUGUUUGUAAAGACAUUUAUUUUUUUCUCUUUUUUUUUUUUUUAUCUAAGAAAAGAAGAGAUGUACAUUUAUUGUUGUAGAUCUGUGGUUUUCAGUGGGCGGAUGAGUCCACAGUAGACCAGCGAGCGGAUGAGUCCACAGUAGACCAGCGAGCGGAUGAGUCCACAGUAGACCAGCGAGCGGAUGAGUCCACAGUAGACCAGCGAGCGGAUGAGUCCACAGUAGACCAGCGAGCGGAUGAGUCCACAGUAGACCAGCGAGCGGAUGAGUCCACAGUAGACCAGCGAGCGGAUGAGUCCACAGUAGACCAGCGAGCGGAUGAGUCCACAGUAGACCAGCGAGCGGAUGAGUCCACAGUAGACCAGCGAGCGGAUGAGUCCACAGUAGACCAGCGAGCGGAUGAGUCCACAGUAGACCAGCGAGCGGAUGAGUCCACAGUAGACCAGCGAGCGGAUGAGUCCACAGUAGACCAGCGAGCGGAUGAGUCCACAGUAGACCAGCGAGCGGAUGAGUCCACAGUAGACCAGCGAGCGGAUGAGUCCACAGUAGACCAGCGAGCGGAUGAGUCCACAGUAGACCAGCGAGCGGAUGAGUCCACAGUAGACCAGCGAGCGGAUGAGUCCACAGUAGACCAGCGAGCGGAUGAGUCCACAGUAGACCAGCGAGCGGAUGAGUCCACAGUAGAUCAGCGAGCGGAUGAGUCCACAGUAGACCAGCGAGCGGAUGAGUCCACAGUAGACCAGCGAGCGGAUGAGUCCACAGUAGACCAGCGAGCGGAUGAGUCCACAGUACACCAGCGAGCGGAUGAGUCCACAGUACACCAGCGAGCGGAUGAGUCCACCGUAGACCAGCGAGCGGAUGAGUCCACCGUAGACCAGCGAGCGGAUGAGUCCACCGUAGACCAGCGAGCGGAUGAGUCCACCGUAGACCAGCGAGCGGAUGAGUCCACAGUAGACCAGCGAGCGGAUGAGUCCACAGUAGACCAGCGAGCGGAUGAGUCCACAGUAGACCAGCGAGCGGAUGAGUCCACAGUAGACCAGCGAGCGGAUGAGUCCACAGUAGACCAGCGAGCGGAUGAGUCCACAGUAGACCAGCGAGCGGAUGAGUCCACAGUAGACCAGCGAGCGGAUGAGUCCACAGUAGACCAGCGAGCGGAUGAGUCCACAGUAGCCCAGCGAGCGGAUGAGUCCACCGUAGACCAGCGAGCGGAUGAGUCCACCGUAGACCAGUGGCUUCAUGUAUAGCAGUAGGGAAUUCACAUCUUCACCUAGUGCACUACUUAGGGAAUUUGGGCCGCAGAUGGGGCUUCUUCUGUGUACAUAAAGACAUGCUGGUUCACUCUGUCAUGGUACGGUAAACUCAAGGUUUGUACGAGAGGCCUCUUGUGGGAGGGGGGGGGGGGGGAUCGAAGGCCUAAGCAGCUCUGCUCUGCUGGACGUUAUAUUGGACAAUGACAUGUGAAAUGUCUCUAGUUCAACAUAUCUCUACUGAAGGACCUAUUGAACAUUGUGCCACACGUUAGUUUCCCCUUUUUCCUUAGGAGACGUGCCAAUGGAGUGUUAGCAUAGCUGAGGUCGUUGUUGUCGCCACGUCCCAUGAUCCUCUCAGCAUCCGUUUACCCAGUAGUGUGUACCAGACUGGAUGAAUGCUAUAGGCCUGUCACAGUACACGACAUACCCAGAUGGGAAAUGAUUGGUUUAUGAGUUGUGUCCAAUCAUUGGGAAGCUACCCAUUGUACCCCCUUUUGAAAAUCGCAACGAUCAAGUUCAAUAUCAGUCAUUCCCCCAGAUAUUUAUCUAACAGGGUUGUCAUGAAUUAAUAUUCUUGUGUUUUUUAAAUUUGGACUGUUCUGUGUCAGAACAAAACCCAUCUACCAACCGCACAUUGUUUUGACAAAAGUAUGAAUUUAUACUAGAACACUAUCCGCUGUGAAAACAGAAUUACAUGCCAAUCUGACGACAGCAUGGCUAGCUCUGGUCCAAGGCGCUACGUGCUGCUUGCUCAUGCUGAGCCUUCAGCAAGCAGCACGUAAUGACCUGGGCCAGAGCUACAACAUGGCCUCGUCUUCUAAGAUCUGAUGUCUACAGGAUCACUGCAUGUUGAAUUUAAAGGGUGUUCCAUCUGUAAACCGAAUUCAUACACACACACACACACACACAAAAAAUUAAACUAAUUUCUUUUGA